AUGUACGCCACACGAGCUCUCCGUAUGAUGCCUACGAGACGCAUGAUGCGUCCUGUUCCCAAGGAGGACCAGAGUGCGCACACCGUCUCCCAGCGUCUCCGCAAGAUCAAAGAUAUCCCAGCCGAACUGUGGCCACUCGCUGCUGUCGUCGGCUUCGCGCUCUUCGCUGCCGGCUACUCGACCUUCCGCAAGUUCACUGUAGACAAGAACCUCCGACUCGCCCGUCAAAACCGCAAGGACGAGCCUGCCGCGCAUGACGACCACUAA